UCAAGAUUUCCCUUCGUUUAAAGAGCUGGGAAAUCGCUGCUCGCGAAAAGACACCUGUUCCGUUAUAUUAGAUCGAAUUUCAUCUCGCAUCAACCGUCACAAUGGCCACGCCCAAGGGACCUUUCCGUCUUGUUACUGUCAACACUGCUCCCGAGAGAGCCAAGCGUCUAAUCGGACGUGUUGCCGAUACCCUCAAGGACCGAUAUACCAUCAUUCACGUGGACAACUGCGAGAAAAUCGAGGAGGUUGCUCCUAAGGUGAAGGAGCAUAUGCCUGACGUUCUGUUCAGCGCCUCCAUGUGGACCGCCGAGGAAGCCCGCCAGAUCCACCAGAUCGCCAGAGAAAUCAAGCCCGAUAUCAAGCUACAUGCCAUUCCCACCGGUCUCCAAGUCGAACGGGGCCCCGACGCCAUUGUCGAAUAUCUCUGCGAGAAGGUGCCACCACUUCUGGAUGCUUAAGUCACGGAUUCUGAGUCGGCCAUUUGAAACCAGCGCCAUCGUACCAUGAUUUAUGUCUGUCCUUGUAUAUAUAUCCUGUAACUGACCACGGCGAGCUGAGUGAGCACUACCUUAGUCGGCUUGUAUUUCUUGUAUUGCUUAGCGUUCAAAGCUACCGUACCAAUAGACGAGUUUUC